GUGAGACUGUAGCGUGUUUACAAGUCAAAUCCAAACAGAAACACUAACUGACUCGAAGUCUAACUUUAUGGUUCAUGAACAGAGUAAUCUGGGUACGAACAGGCAAGAGAGAGGUGUUAUGGGGCCCCCUUGCAGUUUGGGUCAAAGCAGGAAUGAAAGUGAAGAACAAGUUGAAGAGUCCACUGGAAUUCUGAGAGUACGGGUUGAAGAGAGCAUUUUCACCAUAGACAGGGCUGUCCUGGGGCAGAACUGUGAGUAUUUCCGUGCUCUCUUCCGCUCUGGAAUGAAGGACAGUCAGCUGAACGAGUUCCACCUGCAGGGAGGCUUGAAAGCCAGGGGUUUCCUCAUUGCCAUGGCAGUUUCCAGGGGUGAGUGCCCUGCUAUAAGAGACCCAGACGAGAUCGUGGAGGCUGCCGAGUGUGCGGCCUUCCUCCAAAUCGACGUCCUGGUCCAGCACUUGAUAGACCUUCUUGAUACCGACAACUGCAUUCUUCUGUACCACACAGCAGCGGUGUAUGGCUUGUGGAGGUUGUUUCACAGCGCUGCAGUGUUCAUUUGUGAUGCUUAUAGCGAUGUUCAAGAUGCUCUCGAAGCACUUCCAGAAGAGCUGAUCUGCUACAUUGAGUCGCUUUCACCAGCAUCGUUUAUCGCUCUAGGGACUCAUUCGCCAUCCAUGAAGAUUCUGCAGGACUGCUACAGGACGGUGUUUUAUCUCGAUGAAAAACCGGGUGCUUGGAAAUAUCUGACUGAUCUACCAACAGACGCCAGCACCUCUAUGGCCGGGGUGGCUGUUGUGGAGAACCGACUGUAUAUAGUUGGUGGAGUGCGAGGAGUUAGUUUGGAAACUGUUGACUUGAGCUUCUGUUAUGACACAGAUUCCAACACUUGGAAUGUGUUUGAUGGUCCUCAGCAGUCUAGGUAUAACUUUACCCUGGUGGGUCACCACGGACAUUUGUACGCCAUCGGAGGUGAAUUUGACAAAACGAUUAUGUCCUCUGUAGAAGUGUGUGAUGUUUCUACGGGCACAUGGACAUUUUGCAAGCACGCACCUCGUUCGGUGGCUGCGGCUGCUAAUGCUGUUGCUAGGCGUAGGAUAUUUGUGUGUUUCUGGAAGCCACCGGAUACUACAGACGUUUAUGAAUAUGCACCUAAAAAUGACAAAUGGACACUGGUCACCACUAUGGUCAAGCCUCAGAGUUACGGACACUGCAUGGUGGCUCAUGGCGACAACCUGUAUGUCAUGAGGAACGGCCCCUGUGAUGACUUCCUGCGCUGCCUCAUGGACUGCUACAACAUAACUACGGGUCAAUGGACGGCCAUGCCGGGACACUACGUCAAUAGCAGGGGCGCCCUCUUCACGGCUAUGGUGAGGGCUAACUCUGCAUUCACCGUCAACCGCAAUUUGACCCUGGAAUAUGUAAUUUGUGGUGACAAGUGGAAGCCUCGUAGACAGAUGACGGGUUUUCCAAAAAUUGGCUCGCUUUGGACUUGCUUACUCAGACUGCCUAAGAGCACAGAUGCACAGCAGGAACGCGAUGCAGAGGAAGCCCUGGAGAUGGACGCCAAUGUGGAAUGUGUGGAAGAAGAUUCAGUAGAGGCUAAUUAUCCACCUUAGGGAUUGGAGAUCAAUCUGUUAUUUUAUUUGCAAUUGUAAUUAAAGAAACAGUAUAUUACAAAGUGUUUCAAACCUGUAUGACUUUCUUUCUUCAGUUGAGCACAAAAGAUAUGCAACUCUCUUUGCAUACUGUCAACGGCAAAUGAGAAAACCUAAUAAAUAAAUAGAUGUGAACACGCCUAACAUUUCUUGU